CUCCCGAUUGACAGGAGACGAACCAACCAACCCAGAGCACCCUGGCAAGACAAGGGUGACUGACGGCUCUAUCGUCCAAUCAUAUGGCGGUCUUCGCCCCGCGGAUGGGCGGUGCUUCCUGGUGCGCCGUGCUGGUCGGGUCGCGGCGCCGGUCCCGGUUCGCGGGGGUGAUGGGGGCCCCGGGAGACGCCGGCGGGGCUGGAGCGGGACCGGGAUCCCAUCCGCCGCCGUCCGGGGACCUGCGCAGCGUGCUGAUCACCAGCGUGCUGAACCUGGAGCGGCUGGAGGUCGACCUCUUCAGGGGCCAGCACCACUGGGUGCCCGCCACGCAGCACCUCUUCGGCGGGCAGAUCGUGGGGCAGGCGCUGGUGGCGGCGGCCCAUGCCGUGAGCCGCGACGAGCAGGUGCACUCGCUGCACUGCUACUUCGUGCGGACAGGGGACCCCAAGGUGCCGGUGCUGUACGAGGUGGAGCGGACCCGUACAGGGAAGAGUUUCUCUGUUCGCUCUGUAAAGGCCAUCCAGCAUGGAAAGCCGAUCUUCACCUGCCAGGCCUCCUUCCAGCUCUCGCAGGGGAGCCCAGUGCAGCACCAGUUCACCAUGCCGACCGUGCCACCCCCCGAGGAGCUGCUGACACAGGAGGAGCUCAUCCAGAAGUUCCUGCAGAAUCCUAAUGUGGCUGAGGGAUACAGGAAACGUCUCACCAAGAUCCAAGCUCAAGAUGUGCCAAUUGACAUUAAACCCGUGAACCCACCAGAUAUAUUCAGCUCAGAGCCACAGGAGCCGAAGCAGCUCUUCUGGGUGCGAGCACGAGGCUACAUAGGGGAGACUGACAUGAAGGUGCACUGCUGCGUGGCUGCCUACAUCUCUGACUACGCCUUCCUGGGCACGGCGCUGCUCCCGCACCGGCAGUACCGCGUCAAGUUCAUGGUGUCCCUUGACCACUCCAUGUGGUUCCAUGCGCCCUUCAGAGCUGACCACUGGAUGCUGUACGAGUGUGAGAGCCCCUGGGCUGGUGGGUGCCGGGGCUUGGUGCAGGGACGGCUGUGGCGCAGGGAUGGGGUCCUGGCUGUCACCUGCGCACAGGAAGGUGUCAUCAGGGUGGAACAGACACCAACCCAGAGCAAGCUCUAGCUGAGGAGACCCUAUAGACUGGGGCUCAGGCAUGCCAAGGGAGGGACCCUGAGAUCAAGACAGGACCUGGACAGGCACAGGAAGGAGACCAGGUGGGACCAAGGACUGCAGGAGGUCCCAGUGCCAGAGGUGUCUGUGACAGACUGUGACCAACAGAGCAUCGCUGCUGCAACCAGCUGCUAGCUGCACAGCAUGUAAGCACACGCUGCCAUCAGCUAUCCUUCACGCACCUUAAAAUAAAGCUGUUGUGUGAAGAGCUGGA